AAUAAAGAAAAAAAAAAAACACUUAGUACCAACACUAUAAAAAAAAAUCAAAAUUCUAAAACCCUAAUCCCAAAAAUCCCUAAUUGAAUCGAAAUCCCUAAUCGGCGCCAUGAACGUCGAUCACGAUCAACCACCGCCUACCGCCACCGCAACCGCCGCACUCCAAACCCUAACCUCCGGUCCACUCUCAUCAUCAGUAGCUUCGCUCGCCGCUUCUUCACGUUGUAUCCCAUCGGAGAGAGAUUUCUUCUUUUACCGCAAUUUCAACGAAUUCAAACUCCCAAUUGAUGAAAUCUCGCGUGAAUCGCAAUCCAUGCUUGAAGCAAUCGGUGUAGCUUCAAAUUCGCCUUUUCCUGGUGAUCUUGAUGAUGGUUAUGAUUGGCUUGUCAAUGUGAAUGAUGAUGUUUUGGAAAGAUUCGAUGUCGCGAACGAUGAGUUUCGCGAAUAUCGAAGGAUUCAAGAAGAAGAUGCCAAGAAUGGGAAUGGAAAUGGAAGAAUGAAUGGGAGUGAGGCAAUGAUGGUGGAUGAUGGGUUUGAGAUUGUUUAUGGGAAGAAGAAGAAAGGGGGGAGAGGGAAGGUGGUUGGGGUGGAGGAUUCGGAGAUUUCGGUGGCGGAGGGUGUGAAGGUGGCGAUGAAAGAUAAGAGGACGGUGGGCGGGAAGGCGAAGAUUCCGUUUCAUAUACCGACUAUUCGAAGGCCGCAGGAUGAGUUUAGUAUAAUUGUUAAUAAUGCUAAUGUGCCUUUUGAGCAUGUUUGGUUGCAGAGGAGUGAUGAUGGGCAGAAGUUUGUUCAUCCAUUGGAAAAGCUAUCUGUUUUGGAUUUUGUUGAUAAAGAUCCUGAAAAUAUUGUGCCACAAAAGCCCCCGUCAUUAGAAAGCACCCCUUUCAAGCUUGUAGAAGAAGUCAAAGAUUUGAAGGAGAUGGCUGCUAAGCUGCGUUCUGUUAAUGAAUUUGCGGUUGAUUUGGAGCAUAAUCAAUAUCGGUCUUUCCAAGGUUUGACUUGCUUGAUGCAAAUAUCAACAAGGACUGAAGAUUUUGUUGUCGACACUUUGAAACUCCGCAUUCAUAUUGGGCCCCAUUUAAGGGAAGUCUUCAAGGACCCUUCCAAGAGGAAGGUUAUGCAUGGUGCGGAUAAAGAUAUUGUGUGGCUUCAACGAGACUUUGGCAUUUAUGUUUGUAAUAUGUUUGACACUGGCCAGGCUUCAAAGGUGUUAAAAUUGGAGAGAAAUAGUUUAGAGCAUCUUCUGAACCAUUUUUGUGAGAUUACAGCAAACAAAGAAUACCAGAAUGCUGAUUGGAGACUACGCCCGAUUCCUGAUGAGAUGUUAAGAUAUGCCAGAGAAGAUACACAUUAUCUGCUGUAUAUAUAUGAUACAAUGAGGAUUAACUUAUGUUCCUUGCCAAAGGCACCUGAAAGUUCUGAUACUCCUCUGGUAGAGGUCUACAAGCGCAGUUAUGAUGUCUGCAUGCAGCUGUAUGAGAAAGAACUUCUGACAGAAAACUCAUACCUUCAUAUAUAUGGAUUGCAAGGGGCUGGUUUUAAUGCUCAACAGCUUGCCAUUGUUUCGGGGCUGUGUGAGUGGCGCGACAUUGUUGCUCGUGCAGAGGAUGAGAGCACUGGAUAUGUAUUGCCAAAUAAAACUGUUCUUGAAAUCGCUAAGCAGAUGCCUGUCACUACAAACAAGUUACGGCGAUUGGUGAAGACAAAGCAUCCAUAUCUUGAACACAAUCUGGAUUCUGUUGUUACCGUCAUCAGACAUUCAAUUCAGAAUGCUGCUGCUUUUGAAGCAGCUGCUCAACAGUUGAAAGAAGGAAAUGCCACCACAGGAUCAGACGCAGUACCUGUUACGACUGAAGAUCCCGCACCCCAAACGCAGAACCCAAAGGAAUCUUUUCAGCAUCAAGAUACCGAUGUACAAAUAAAAUUGAAGCCCAAUAAUGUCACAUCUGAGCUCCCAAGGGAAAGUCUCACUAUUCCAGAGCAGACUAGGGAUGCAAAUGUUGGCGCACUCUCUACAUUGAAGGGAAAUGGAGCAACUGUCCAGGUUCUUAAAAAGCCUGGCGGUGCUUUUGGGGCACUGUUGGGGAACUCAGCUUCAAAGAGGAAGCUCGGUCUUGAUAAAAAGGGCAAGGAAGAGAUCAAGCUAGAGCAAAUUAGAUCUUCAGUCACUCUUCCUUUCCAUUCAUUUUCGGGUGGCAGUGAGACAUCAAAACCUGUAGUAGAAACUCCUAGUGUAGCAGACCAACAAAAACCUGUUACUGAUCCAGCUUCCACCUCUGCUCUAGAUGAGAUUAUAAUGCUGGACACCGAUACAGGUGUUGAGGAGGAUGUAGAGCAGAAUAAUAACCUAGAGAAUCCGACGGAGCAGACGGAGAAAAAUCCAAGUGCUUCAACUUCGGACGAGGAUGAGCCUAAGUCUCUCUCGGAACUGUCUGCAAACUUUAAAAAGUGUUUUCAGUCAAACAAACAAAAUAACAGAAUCAGAAAGCCAAAGAAAACUGAACAAGCUAGUGGCUUAUUGCAGUUGACGCCAUAUGAUUAUGAAGCAGCAAUGAACCAUGUGAAGUUUGGAGAAAAAAAGAAGAAUCCAUCAUCCCAGAAUUGCGAUGGUCGUGCCGAGAAAGAGGACGCAAGUGGCAAGAAGAAGCGUUCAACGAUAGGAGACGGACAGCCAAGUGAUUUGCCUAAACAAUUUCAACAAGGUAGAAGACGUGCAGCAUUUCCUGCUUCCGGGAAUCGCAGUGCAACAUUCCGCUGAGACAAUUGAAAAGCUGAAUGUUGCACUGAGCAUAAUCUUCAUUCUAGUAUAGUUGCUUAUAUGAAAAAUGAAAAAAUGCUGAAGCAAACAAAUCUGUAUGCCAUUUUGUAAUGUAGCAGUUUAGAAAAUCCAAAUUUAAGGUUCAUUGUAGCUUAUAUUUAAAUGGACAGACUAAUUUUGAUUCACAUGAGUUGCUUUAUUUUAUUACCUGUUAUGUUGA